AUGAUCCGGACCCCUGUAUCUCUGCUCCUUGCUACCAUUAUUCUCAGCAGCCUCCCCAUUCUAGGCUUUGGGGGGCGACUGAUGGCCAAACUGGCAGCCAGGAAGCUGUGUGCCGAUGAAGAAUGCAGCUACCCUAUCUCUCAGGCCGUUGCCCUGCAAGACUAUUCGGCCCCAGACUGCCGUUUUCUAUCUGUACAACAGGGCCAAGUCGUCUUUGUCUACUCUAAGCUGAUGGGCCGAGGACGCCUCUUCUGGGGAGGCAGUGUGCAGGGCGAGUACUAUGGGGCCCAGCCUGCUCGCUUGGGCUACUUCCCAAGCAGCAUCCUCCGGGAGGACCAUGUCCUGAAGCCAGGAAAGGUGGAGGUUAAAACGGAGAAGUGGGACUUUUACUGCCAGUGAGUCCUGGCCGCCCCUGGCCCUGUGAAGAAGCAGAUGCU